AUCGACAAGGUCCAUGUAACGGCGUUAACUAACGGCAUCAUAUGUCUGGACUGGUGAAAUCUCUCUACCCUUCUUCUUCUUCUUUUUCUACUUCUUCUCGAUCUCGAAAAUGGGGUUUAUUUGACAGAAGCGCCUAUACUUCUUCUCAGCCAAUACCAAAGCCUUAUUGAUUUUCAGGCGGGAUUUCUGAAUUUGAUGUGGAUUUACCGUGAUUAGGCCAAAGGCGUGGAAUUGCUCGUGAAAAUCGACGUGAAUUUCUGGUGGAGGCUUGUCAGAUCGUGCAAAAUGAAGAUAUCAUUGAGUUGUAUCUAUGGAUUUGUGGAUUGACAUUCUAAUCUCUGUCGCUUUAGGUUUGAUGAUGGAGUGUUGCUUUUAGCCCUGUGGGAUAUACGCGGGAAACAAAGGCGUAAAAAUAAGAAUUGUCGUAAGAAAUAUGGGGGAGAUGCUCCUCACUGCACUUUCUAUGGAGAAUUAUCACCCAUCCACGCUUCUGUCCAUGGAUUCGGGAGCUUUUACUCCUGAAGAAACUGAAAGAGAAACGAACCGGUCUCCUGUCUUGCUUUCAGGUGCACCCGAUAUCAAUCUCCCACUCUCAUCUGAAGCUAGUCCUCCUCCAUUUUCAUGGAACGACCACUGUGACAUCUUAGAUGUUGGACUCAGGCCUCCGAUUUACGAGUCCGUGGCUGUUGUUCACGUGCCCAAGUCUGCGAAGAAGUACAGUAAGCGUGUGGAUAGUGUGUGGGGUGCUUGGGUUUUCUUUAGUUUCUGCUUCAAACCCGUCUUGAAUGAGAAGUCCAAGACUAAGAUAACGAGGGAUUGCAACAACAGUUUGUCUGGGUACGGGAAAUCUGACUUACAGCUCGAUUCAUUCUUGGUCCAGCACGAUAUGGAAAAUAUGUACAUGUGGGUAUUCAAGCAAAAGCCCGAUAAUGCACUUGGUAAGAUGCAGCUACGGAGUUACAUGAAUGGCCAUUCCCGUCAGGGCGAGCGUCCUUUCCCUUUCAGCGUGGACAAAGGUUUCGUCCGCUCUCAUAGGAUGCAGAGGAAACACUAUCGCGGCCUUUCUAACCCACAGUGUCUACACGGGAUCGAAGUUGUUCGGUCGCCAGGCCUUUCCAUGCUCGAUGAGGACGAAAAGAAACGAUGGAUGGAGCUCACGGGUCGAGAUGUCAACUUCUAUAUCCCGACCGAAGCAAGUGAUUACGGCUCAUGGAGGAACCUCCCCCACAUGGAAUUUGAGCUUGAACGACUACUUCCUCUGCCGCCUAAAGCCAACGGCCACAUCCAAGUGAAUAAACUCAACGGUCCUUGUCUGAAUCUGUCUGCUCAUUCACCAGACCACGCAGCUAAUGCCAUGGAUAUUGUAUACCAACCCCAUUGUAGCAACAACAAACGCCGAAAGGACUGUCUCGUUCCUGCAAACGGGGAAGAAUCCUAUUCAACCGAGUUGCCAUCAUGGUCAAACGAGUUCACCGGGGUGAUGAAGAACAACAUGUACGGGCCAGUCACGGCCGCCAAGACGAUAUACGAAGACGAGAACGGGUUCUUGAUCAUCGUCAGCCUGCCACUGAUCGAUCUAGGGAAGGUGAAAGUGACAUGGAGGAACACUCCGAGACAUGGAAUAGUGAAGGUAUCGUGCGUGAGCACCUCGUGUAUGCCAGUCAUCAAGCGACACGAGCGUACAUUCAAGCUAUCGGACUCGGCACCCGAACACUGUCCGCCGGGUGAGUUCAUCCGGGAAAUCUUCUUACCAAGCCGGAUCCCGGACAAUGCGAAGCUGGAGGCUUACCGGGACGAGACGGGGACAAUGUUGGAGAUUAUGGUGCCUAAACAUAGGACGGGUCCUCAAGAACACGAAGUCCGUGUUUGUCUCCGCCCGUUUGAGCUCGAGUAACUUGUCAUUACCAUUGUUAUUAUUAGAUACAUUUGAUUUUUUUUAUCAGAUUUUUUGUUGUACAACGUUUUUUUAUUGGUUCUUUGUUUGUGUUUUGAUACUCUCAGUGAAAUUAAAUCGAGAUUAAGAUACGAUUCAGUUCAAAAGCA